AUGGGCUCUAUAGAUCUCUUACCGGCUACUACUUAUAGUCCACCGCCGCCUGAGCAGGCUUGCAGGCGGCGUCGGUCACUUAAUACGAUAAUGGAAGACGAUGAGGAGUCAGCACGAGGUUCGACGCUAGACGUGCGUAGAGGUCGAGAGAGAUCUCCGAAGCUGCAGCUGGCGAACUGGCUUUCUCCUCUCAGUGAACACUUUCCGACCCCUCGAGGCAAUCACUUCAUGUCGGCGCCGAUCCCCCAAUCCGAGACAUCCUCAGAAGACGAGAGCGUCUCCCCCACUGCCUCAUCAGCUCCGUGGACACGAGAUAGUUACACGACGGAUGCUACCGAGUUCGACGACCUGUACGAUGUGUCUUCAGACGAGGAUUCCCGGAGGAAGAACAGCAUUCGGCGGAAUGGCAGUGCUCGCAGGGCAAACAAGUCGAACAGAUCUUCUGAUGACUCCGGUGAAGGCAGAGCAACUCGAAAUGCUCUCCCUGCUCUCCUUAUACCAUCUGGUGGAGACCCAUGGCCUGGUGUUGCUGCAUUCAAGUUGAUGACAUCUCCGUCUUCCGUACCACCCACACCUCCGCCGAAAGUGCCCAUGUCGCCUGCAAUAUUUUCGUAUCUACAAUCCCAAGAAGUUCCAUCGUGCUCUGCCCCACCUUCUCUUGAUGGAAGUCUUUCUUCCGACCAGAUGGCAGCUUUGUCUGCACCGCCAACACCAAACAUCGGGAAUGACGAAGAGGAUGGCGACCACUGGGGUGGCGGCGUUCAACUGCAACCAGCAGCCAUGGCUACUCUACAAGCACUUUCUGGGGGGGAUGAUUUGUUCGAACAGCAGACGGAGCAAGUUAUUGAGUUGACUCACGUAUCUCCGGAAACGUCACCAGUUCAUGAGAUGCAGCAGAGACCUCCUCCUCUCACGACCAAUAUUCAUCGCAACAACUCAGUAGUUCUUUCUCCAGAACAACAGCGAUGCAUGAUUGGUCUCACCCGACUCGAGAUACCAUCUCCUGGCGGCUUCUUUUCAGCACUGUCACCUGGAGCACGACAUACUUGGCAUCUCGUUGCCUGCACUCCAGAAUCAGCCAAGUGCCCAUCAUCGACCACGGCCGAACAUUUCUACAAGACACCAUGGUCUAGUAAUGAACCCGUGGAACGUAUUUUGGAGGUCCCAGACAUGUCGGAAACGAUGUCUGAUGGCCUUCCUACUGCCAGACCUAAUCUCAGCCAAUUGCAUCCUGAAAUGACAAUCCGUCCAGAGUUGCGACACGAAAGCUCUGACAAGACGAUGACCGGCAUCAAGUCACCUAAGCUCUUCGAGGGAGAAAACGUCAUCCCUGAUGAGAUCUUGACCGACAACACCCCAAACUAUACUGAGAAGCUGAAUGACGGAGCAGUUGUCAACCUUGACCGAACUUGGAUGUGGCUGGCAGCUCAGUCUUCAUACUUGGCCGAACUUAUCAACCCGACCGAAGACCGUGACGACGAGGUUGCUCUGCUUCAACGCGCAGCCAGCACCAAGAGCCAGAAGGAAGCCAUCGAAACCGAGUCAGCUCCACGAAAGACGGUUCGUUUCUCGGAAGUUGUCUCCACAUCCACUAAUAUUGCUUGCCCACUGCCAAAAUUUGAUCGUCAGGAAUCUGCCUACCUCCGCGCGUUCAAAGCCUACAUUGCUCGAUCUCGAUAUCGGGACACCUUCGUCCAUCGUAUUCCCAGGUUCGAGGCCGUCCAAUCCCUACGUGUUAACUUUUCCGAUGCCCAUCGCGCUCAGCUCCUGAGUAAAUACCAACUCAGCGUCGUCCCUCUGAGCGCCAAGCGCCGUAUGUCAGCCAAUGUCGCUCGGGGCGACGAGAUUACCCCCGAGGAUCCCGAAAAGCUCAAGCGUGACAAAGAAUACGAGGCCCUCCAACAAAUGAUUCCCGCAACUUGGAACGUGAAGGCCAUCAAGCUUCUGAAUGGGGGUCGGUUGAUUGCGGCACCCGUGGCUAAGCGCCUUGCCAGGCUUUCGUCCAUGGGACCAAAGCUUGAUGGUACGCCAAGAGAUCGAGCCAGAAUCUUGGAUCUUGGAGGCCAGGCUACUUGUGACUGGGCAUGGCAUUGCGCUCUCGAGUACCCGAAUACCAAGGUGUAUACCGUUACGACGAAGGCUCUGCGUCAACUUUCUAAUUCCAAUAUCCGGGGUCCGAAAAACCACCGCCAGGUUGCUGUAGACCGCCUAGUCAAGCUGCCGUUUGGGGACAACCAGUUCGACCUGAUUUCUGCUCGGGAAAUCUAUACUGUCUUGCGCGAACAGGCACCGAAUGGGCAGGACGAAUGGGAAGCUUGUCUUAAGGAGUGCAUGCGAGUUUUGAAGCCUGGAGGUUACUUGGAAUUCUCCAUCAUGGAUUCUGACGUCGUGAACGCUGGACCAUUGGGUCUGGCGAAGAGUGUCGAGUUUGGGUUCAAUUUGAAGACUCUGGGGUAUGAUCCGUGCCCGACCAAACUCUGGUUGGGAAGAAUAAGAGCUGCUGGGUUUGUAAACGUCAAGAGGGCCUGGCUAUUCUUGCCCAUGGGAGCGAAGAUCGAAGAAAAGGUCGUCAACAGAGAUAGCUUGGGAGUUGAGGUCAAAUUGGAGCUGGAGGCUAUGGUGUCAGGGAGCACGGAAAAUGCUGCGAGUGUAUGUGGAAUUGUCGGUGGGUGGGCAUGGGAGAAGUGGCUAUUGAGGUGCCAGGUGCAGACCGUAGGUAGCGAAGGCAAGCUGGAAGGCGUUCAGGACAUCAUUGAAGAGGGUCGAGCAUGUGGCGCGGGAUGGAGAGUUGUCAGUGGGUGGGCCAGGAAGCCUAUUGGAAAGAAUUAA